AUGUCCACGAUGUCCGCCCUCCCCCAGACAAAGCGACACACCCGCAAGCAGCUCGGAGAGAGAAGAGUCACCCGCGACCCCAGCAGCUCCAGAGACGCAUCCGAAGAGGACAACGACAACAUCGACAACUCCUUCUCAGACGUCGGCUCCGUCAAUUCCACCAGGGAAGUCCUCUCAAACGCCUCCACUGUAGACUCCCCCAGCAUGCCCCCUCCCACCUCUCUCCCGCCGUAUGCGUCCGAGUCCAGCUCCCCGCGAAAGUCGCUCCACCAGAAGCGUGUCGAAGAGCUCGGAGCAGACAGCCAGAGCGAAGGCCUCGAUUCACCAACAUACGACGGUGAUGUCGAAUCUUCCUCCACUAUUGGCGGCACCCCCGCAACAGCGCACCAGCCUCUGCGAAAGUCAUCCCCCACCGCCCACCUCGCCUCUGCUCCGUCUUCGGGAUACCGUCAGCCCACCCCCAAGGCCUCCCUGACCAACCUCGCCUCCUCAGACACGGCUUCCAACCGCCAAUCGUCUGAAUCUGAGCCCUACUACCAGCCCCGCGACGUCCCUGUCGCCCCUUCAAAGUAUCUCGAUGAAGCUGCCAGGAAUCCGCCCAAGGACUCGCUCAAUUCCAACUCGGCGGGAGGGCCCCCAAAGAUGUACACGAGGCCGACAGAGAGGACAGAGGAGGAUAUUAAGGCGUUCGUAGAGCGAGCUAUCCAUGGAAAAGGCGCAGAAGAUGGCGUGGAGAGGUGGUGGAAGACAAACCCGCCUCCCGAAGGAAAGGUGGUCAGGGUCUAUGCCGAUGGUGUCUACGACUUGUUUCACUUUGGCCACAAUCUCCAAUUGCGCCAAGCCAAGCUUUCGUUCCCCAAGGUGCAACUCCUCGUUGGCGUCUGCUCGGAUAGGCUGUGCGCCGAUCACAAGUCUGCCCCAGCAAUGACCCAUGCCGAGCGGUGCGAAGCUGUACGAAACUGUCGAUGGGCGGACGAAGUCAUUCCCGAUGCUCCUUGGGUGAUUGACCAAGAGUUUUUGAAUAAGUACAACAUUGACUAUAUCGCGCACGAUGAGCUGGUGUACCCCAGUAAAGAUCACGAAGAUGUCUAUGCUUUUGCCAAGGCGGAGGGUCGAUUCGUGCCCACACGUCGAACGCCCGCCAUUUCAACUUCCGAUCUAAUUGAGCGCAUCGUCCGUGGCUACCGAGACGGGUUCUUUGAUUCCAAACUGGAGAAGAACGGUCACCCCGAGUUGGCGGCUGCUGAUGUAGACUGGGAUUCCAGCGCAUCGGUGGAGAAGCGUGAGAGGAGAAAAGCAGCGCUCAAGGCGAAAAAAUAG